CUUUAAGCGUCACGCGCGGGGCUCUGCCUCUGGACUUGAGGGUUUGAACAUGUCGCGCCUGAAGGGAGUGGCCGAGCGGGAUCCCAGAGUGGGUUUCAGAGCUGAGAGGAGAGACUGCGGUGCCUCGGUACCCCAGGGGCUUUUAAAGGCAGCGAGGAAGAGCGGCCAGUUAAACCUGUCGGGUCGGAAUCUUAGUGAAGUACCUCAGUGUGUCUGGAGAAUAAACGUGGAUAUCCCUGAGGAAGCUAAUCAGAAUCUUUCAUUCAGUGCUACUGAGCGAUGGUGGGAGCAGACGGAUUUGACCAAACUAAUCAUAUCCAACAAUAAACUUCAGUCACUUACAGAUGAUCUACGACUGCUGCCUGCACUCACUGUUCUUGAUAUACAUGAUAAUCAGCUGACAUCCCUUCCUUCUGCUAUAAGAGAGUUAGAAAAUCUUCAGAAACUUAAUGUCAGCCAUAACAAACUGCAAAUACUCCCUGAAGAAAUUACAAACCUGAGAAACCUGAAGGGCCUCUAUCUCCAGCAUAAUGAACUAACUUGCAUACCAGAGGGAUUUGAACAACUUUUCAACCUAGAAGACUUGGAUCUUUCCAAUAAUCGUCUUACAACUGUUCCUGCUAGUUUUUGUUCUCUGUCCAGUCUGGUGCGACUCAAUCUUUCCAGUAAUCAACUGAAGAGUUUGCCAGCAGAAAUAAGUGGAAUGAAAAGAUUAAAGCAUUUGGAUUGUAAUUCAAAUUUCUUAGAAACUGUACCUCCUGAAUUGGCUAACAUGGAGUCACUAGAAUUGCUCUAUUUGCGGAGGAAUAAAUUACGUUUUCUACCAGAAUUUCCUUCUUGUAGGUUAUUAAAGGAAUUACAUGUAGGUGAAAACCAGAUUGAAAUGUUAGGGCCAGAACAUCUUAAGCAUCUGAAUUCUAUCCUUGUGCUAGACCUGCGGGAUAAUAAGUUAAAAUCUGUUCCAGAUGAAAUUACACUACUACAGUCUUUGGAAAGGCUUGACCUAAGCAACAAUGAUAUCAGUAGUCUACCCUGUUCAUUGGGAAAACUUCAUUUGAAAUUUCUGGCACUAGAAGGAAAUCCUUUGAGAACUAUUCGAAGAGAAAUUAUAAAUAAAGGAACCCAAGAAGUUUUAAAAUAUCUGCGAAGCAAGAUUAAAGAUGAUGAACCUAGCCAAAGUGAUCCUGUUACUGAGACUGCCAUGACACUACCAAGUGAAUCCAGAGUCAAUGUACACGCUAUCGUCACAUUAAAAAUACUAGACUAUAGUGAUAAACAAACAACUUUGAUUCCUGAUGAAGUAUUUGACGCAGUAAAAAGCAACAUUGUCACUUCUGUUAACUUCAGUAAGAAUCAGCUAUGUGAAAUUCCUAAAAGGAUUGUGGAACUGAAGGAAAUGGUUUCUGAUGUCAAUCUCAGUUUUAAUAGGCUUUCCUCCAUAUCCUUGGAUUUAUGCAUGCUUCAAAAGUUGACUUUUUUAGAUCUCAGGAACAAUUUUUUAAAUUCUUUGCCUGAAGAAAUGGAAUCACUGAUAAGACUACAAACAAUUAAUCUUUCCUUUAACAGGUUCAAAAUACUACCUGAAGUUCUGUAUCACAUCCCCACACUUGAAACAAUUUUGAUUAGUAACAAUCAGGUUGGAUCUGUGGACCCUCAGAAAAUGAAGGCAAUGGAAAAGCUGAUCACAUUGGACCUUCAAAAUAAUGACCUACUUCAGAUUCCACCAGAGCUUGGUAAUUGUGUGAACUUAAGAACAUUACUGCUAGAUGGAAAUCCAUUCCGUGUUCCUCGAGCAGCCAUAUUAAUGAAAGGAACAGCUGCUAUUCUGGAAUAUUUGAGAGACCGGAUUCCUACUUAAAUUGGAGUUGUUUUAUAAUCUUGAUCAUGUUCAUUCUUAGACUUCUUAACAUUGAUAAGUAAUGUUUUUCUAAGGUAUCGUGUGCAUUUAUAAUGGUGAUAACCACAUACAGUGUUAAUGCAUUUAUUCUGAUUGUUUUGCAUAAGAUUUAUCUUACUUUCAUUCCUUAUAAGAUAGCAGUUUCUUUAGAUGUGAAUUUUUAUUUAAUGUAGUUUAAUAUUUUUAUAAUGAUAAAGCAUUUUUGUAGAAGUGGGUUUUUUCUCCCCAUUUCUCAUUGUGUUACAUAUAAUGUGACCAAUGAAUUUGAAUAUGACCAUCUAAUUUCUACCUUUUUGUUAGAUAUAAAAUUGGAUUGAAUUUUUUAAAAACUGUUCUUUGGUGUUUAAAAAAAUAAGACUUUUUCUUACCCAUGAUAAGACUUAUGUGAUACGGUUAGUCUUGGUAUAAAUUUUAAAUUAAUAUUCACUGUCUUGUUUUUGUUUUAAUCUAGUUGAAAUGUUUCUUUUCUAGCCUUUCUCCAUAUCUUAUGAAACCAUUUUGUCAGAAAUGCUACGUGAAGUGUAGUUACUGGUAAAGAAAACAGUAAAAGUGUUAUAAUUUUUCUCACAAUUUUGAAUUUAAAACUUGCAAUGAAAUGCAUGUAUUAAUAUACAAUAUGUCUGUUACUCUGUACUAAUAUAAUCUAGUACUUCUGGAUUCAAAAAAUUUAAAGAGAUUGGAUCUGCAUAUUUUUAUCUCCCAAGUAUGAGUGUUUAAAAAUAACUUUUGUUCUUUUUAAAGUCCUGAAGACCUUAUUUUAUUAAUUCUAUAGUUAUCAGCAGCAGAAAAUAACUAACAACAUAUACUGCAAUGAAAUCUUGACCUGUACUUUCUUAAACACUUACUUAGGUAUUUGUACACAUAACCUA